AUGUCGCUACGAGAUGAUGAAACAAACGUCAUACGUUCUGCUCUGGUCCGGACCUCCCUGGAACCUGUUUUACAAUGCAAAGUUUAUCACGUUGUGACAACCUCUAGGCAUGUGGUACAGGCCAGCGGGUCGACUCGACCACCUGGAGCCCUACCUUUUCUCACCGCUAUUCCUCUUGCUAUAAGCACUGGCCUCCAUGAUGUCGAUGAGUACAUGCAGGCCCAACUUCUGCUAGCUGCUCUCAACAUUGCGGCAUAUGUCUUGAAGCUAGGGGGCUAUUUUGUAGCCAAGAUAUUCUGGGGUCAAGAUGUAACCCUGCUUUACAGCCAACUGUGCAUAUUCUUCUCCAGUGUGUUCUGUGCCAAGCUCAAGAGCAGCAGGAAUUCCAGCAUUGAGGCCUUUGCUGUUUGUCAGGGUUAUGACCCUCCAGAGGAUUUCAUUCCAGACCUGACCAGACCCCUGCAGGACCAUGGGUAUGGCUUGGAUUUCAACCAGCUGGACGGUCCUGGAUGUAUUAUCGUGCCCUUUGUGACCGUGCCCUUUGUGGCCUGUGGGAACCUCAGCACCCAUAAUUCAGACCGUAGUUACCCUCUGGAUCUAGAAGGUGGCUCCAUGUACAAACAUGCUCCAGCCACACAACCCCCCAUUGCAUCCCUGUACCAGGAGGCCUGCAAGUUAAAGAAGAAUGGAUAGCUGGCCAAGGAGCGCCUCCCCCAGGAAUGCUGCAUCAACAGAGUAGACAAGUUGCCCCAGCCUCAGGCUACCCCACUGGCCCCUAAGGUGGAAGAUAAUGAGAUGACUUGUUCACCCUAACACAUUAAGGGUUUGCAGUAAAAGUCAAACUAAUACAACUUAGAAGCUGCUGCCUGCCUGGAAAACCAGAAGCUGCAUUUGUUUGCAGAUAUCAUCUAUGGAGCCUGAGAAGACAAGCCUAGAGUGGGAAUCUGCGACAGCUCAAAGAAAUGGUGAAAAAGCAUGUGGAGCUGCAGGAGCAAUUUCUUAAGACUGUGAGCAUAUGCCUCUUCUCUAAACCGCUCCUGGAGUGUCCUGAAUAGGUCCAGGAAUUACGGCUAAAGCAGGGCAUCUUACCAUGGUUUAAACAUCAGGGGCUCCACCAGCACCAGCUUGAUGGAAGAAAGCAGUACAUCUUUGUGGUAACUGAAGUUCAGCUUCAUUCCCAGCUACAAAUAUUGGCAAUAAGUCAAAACAGUAAAAGCCCUACUAUGCAAGUCGCUUGCUUUUUAUAUCUGACAGUUGACGGGCAUCUGAAAUACUGCUCGUAUUUCUCACCUCUUUGGAUAAUGACAUAUUUUAUAAGUCGAUCCUAUAAUUAAACCUCUCAUAUACCCCAAUUUUGACUGUUUUUUGAGACAUCUUUCCAUAUAGCCUAGACUGCCCUCAAACUCAAGAUCCUCCCAUAUCAGCCCCCUGAGUACUAAGAUUACAGGCCUGCCUAUGUCAUCAAACCUGGCUACUGUCACCAUUUUAUUUUAAUUAAAUAUAUAGUUAUAACUGUA